GCCAAACACGCAGCUUCCCAUAUCUGAGACGCUGACGCAGCUCUCCGACCUUACCCGCGAUGCCGCGACAGUUCCACUGUAAGAUGCCUUCUGGCACACUUGAAGAGGUAGCAGCCAUCAUAGAUUAAGAUUGGCCAGUAGAACCGAGGUGAGAUGCUGGAGCUGUUUCUUGGGGUGCAAGAGUUCUUGGGGUGAAAGAGGUUUCGACACAGAUGCCGGGUUAGCCAUAUGAGCAGGACUAGACGUCGACGACGAAUGCGACGGCCGCGCUCCGUCAUGACGACGUCGGAGCACUGUACGGCGUUCCUUGAGACGUUGGAUUUCCUUUUCAAGGGUGGCCAGGCGAGCGUCGAUCUCGAACUCUUCGUCUGCCAAAGGAAGCGGCGUGUCUUCCAUCGAUUGUGAUGCCCGUUGCAGUCGUGAAGUGGACGACCUAACAGCUGCGCUAUAUACAGUAGUGGCCGCAUCACUUGUCGCUGUACUUGCUAUUGUCACCUGGCUAGCGUCCUCUUCCAGCGAGGCCAGAACGGCGUAACGGUUGUACACAGGGGCUUGUUUCAUUGAUGGAUCUCGAGGGGUCCUUGCUGGCUGUCGAGAAUGGCGUUGUCGAGCCUUCUUAGUGGCCUUCAACUUCGUAGGAUCACGUCGUGGAAGUGAUGUCAUGAUCGUUUGUUUGGCAUAGGCCGCAUCUAAACGAUGCUGACGGUUCAGGCUCCAUGGUGUCGUCCUUGGGUGGGUAGGGGCAGGAUGAUUUCAUGUGUCCCUGUCUAAAGCAAGAAUAGCAGUACACAACGGAAGGCUUGAACGGACGCGGGCGCAGUACGCAGCCGUAAUUUAGGAGGGGAAUUAGGCCCUUGAAGCGUGAUUAGGCACGUACGACCGCUGCCUAGGUAGCGAGCAGCCACGACCUUGUGUGUGGGACACGAUAUAGUUCCUGCAGGAGCCUCUAGGGUUCUUCGUCAAGGUCAACGCCAUUAACCACGUAGCGUCUUAAAUCGGUACCACUGGCGAGGUACGCCUGGACUGGAAGGACACAUUCUUCCGAGACUUGUAUUUGUUGCAGUUCUUCGAGUUUAUAAACUAGUGUCAUAGCAGACGCCCAUACUAUGACCGUAUUAGUGGGUUUGUGUAGAGCAAAACCUUGAAAUCGGGAAGUCUCGAGGCAGGCGUUCAGGGCCGCUUGAAUGAUACGGUUGUGCAGAGUGGACAUGAAAUAUCUAGCACGAGGCUUGAUAACCGUUUUGUACCACGAUGUCGUUGGCGACUGCGCAGACGUGCGUGUCGGUCGUGCGGGCAGGCCUUGUGAUGAGCGAGGUCCUUUCGGGGCUGCUGGAGCUACAUUUUCAUCCGAUGGAAGGCCAGUAGCUUCCUUCGUUCUCUUGGCCGAGGUGUGCGCCACGACAGCAGGGCUGUUCUGCUCCAUGUUGGUGGUAUCCAUCCUCAGAGUACCGCCUUCGCACGUUGCACUUGUCACCAAGAAGGAGGCGCUCCUGACUUGGAUGGCAGUUGCAUCGGUAAUGUUCCGCUCUUUCGACGCAGCGGACAACAGCUUUGAUGCUCCGCGCCGACGCGGCAAGUGCCGCGGGGGCACUCGCACUCGCGAAGCCGAGAGUUGCCGAAGAACUCGAGUUGGACGACGCAGCAGGAGGGUGCAGAUGACGACGGACCUUGUAGAUAGGCGCCAGUAGUAAUUACGAACCGCCAAAGCGGUCCAUAAACAACAGAGUUCCAGUAGCGGGGGAAAAAAAAAACCAGCAAACGGGGCGAAACUCCGGAGCUACCGUAAAGUAUUUCAAACCGGCUUGAAUAGUUUUUGCUAAACGGGAAUGGAAACCGGAAGGAAAAAACUUUAGUUCGACACUGUGCCAGCAGCAUCUCUAAAAUAUAUCGCGGCAACACUGGAUUCCCGGUAUUCGUGCACUUGGCGUCUAGGCACACUGUGUAUCCGCGCUUCCUUUCGCGUAACCAUUGUUUGGCUUCGCCGUACCGUCGAUGUAGGCAAGUCAUCGUUUUUGCAUUUUCGCGCUCAGACCGUACACUAAUUGGUACUGCUGAGCACAAUACCCCACAGGCUCUGCCUCCAAGACACAUCAAGCCAAGUGACAUGUCGGUCGCCUUCGCACAACAACAGAAAGGGCGGCAUAACCCAAGUCCAGCUCAGAUACAAAAGAUGCUGGAUGAAAAUAGCCAGUUAAUACAAGCCAUUGUCGACUAUCAAAACAAAGGGAAGGCUUCGGAAUGUCUGCAGUAUCAGCAAAUAUUGCACAGAAAUCUAGUCUACUUGGCAUCAGUGGCAGACGCUGGUCCUGUGGUGCAGGCAUCUAUUCCACCACCAUGUGGACCAGGAGGUCCUGAUCAAGGAGGCAGCCCUGCACCAGGUGGUCUCAUGCCUGGCCAACAGUCAUAUGGCCCAUCUAUGCAGUCACAGCAGCAAACAGCUCCAGGCGGGCCUGGAGCUGGACAGCAGCCUCCCAUGGGGGGCCAUGGGAUGUCGGGCUAUGGGCGAUCUGGGCCCCCUCCACCAUCCUCCGGUAUGGUCAGUCAGCAGCAGCCUAUGCCAGCACAGCAGCCGCACCACCAAUCGCCAAUGCAACACCAGCCAUCUUCACAGCAGCACCCUGCUAUGAACCAGCAUGGCCAACAACCACACAUGGGCCAACAACCAGGUGGCCAGCACAUGCCGCAGCCGCCCUCGCACCCAUCAGCCAUGCAGCCUGGCAUGGGCUCAGCACACCAGCCCAGCCAAGGCCACCAAAUGCCUCAGCAUGCCGCCAGUCCGCAGGGACCUGUUCAGCAGCAGAUGCAGGCUGCACAACAGCAUCCAUCACAACACGGUGGGCAACACCAGGGUCAGCAUCCAGGGCAGCACCCUGGUCAGCACCCUGGUCAGCACCCGGGUCAGCAUCCUGGCCAGCAUCCUGGCCAGCAUCCCAGUCAGCAGCAUCCUGGCCAACACCCUGUCCAGCAUCCAGUUCAGCACCCCAGUCAGCAUCCUGUCCAGCAUCCCGGCCAACACCCCAGCCAACACCCAGGACAGCACCCGGGUCCACAUCCCAGCCAACACCCUGGUCAGCAGCAGCCACAUCCUGGCCAGCCACACCCAGGACAGCACCCAAGCCAGCCACACGCCUCUCAGGCCCAAAGUCAGCAUCUUGGCCAGCACCCAUCGCAACACCCAGUACCCCACCCAGCGCCACACGCAGCACAACACCAGGCGCAGCAUUCCAACCAGGCACAGCAGCCACAGCAGCAACCCCAACAGCAGCAGCAACAGCAUUCCUCGCCACCUCCAGUGUCUUCGCCACCCAGUGGCCCAGGCACACCACAGCAGCAGGGGCCUUCACCUCCUUCCCAGCAUCACCCGCCAUAUGGCAGCCAGGGUUCACUGAAUCCGCCAAACCGAUCCAGUCCAACGCCUAACCAAAGCCCUGCUCCACCGUCAACCCUCUCUACUCAGAACUAUGCUCAGCAUGCAGCGCAUGGACAACAGGGUGCUGCCAUGGGAUCGCAGCAGCAUCAACCUAGUGGAGGGCCUGCCACCAGCCCGUACGGAGGCUACUCGCCACAGGUUGGCCCUUCCCAGACACCACCGCAACAGCGGCCACCUUCUCAGCCUUCCCCUGCCAGCACCCCACACCCGAGCAGCCCGUAUCCAGGCCACAAGAUGGCAGCCCAGAGUGGCUAUCCUGCAACUCCCUACCAGGCAGCUGGGUCACCUGGCUUUCCAGGUGCCCCACCUGCAGGAGCAGCAGGUGCUGCUCCCCCUGCAGCUGCCUACCCAGCUACAACAUCCGCUUCUACUGGCUAUGCACAAUAUAGCCAAGGCUACCCACAAGGCUAUGGCGUGGCUUACGGCUAUGGGCCAAGUGGAGGCUACCCACAGGGAGGUGCUUACAUCGGUGCCUACCCACAGGGUGGCACAGCAGCACCGCUGCGCUACUCUGCAGGGUACCCUGGCUAUGGUCACUACCGGGCUCCUCAGCCAGCUGGUCAACAGGCUGCUGCUUAUGGUGCCUAUGAGCAACAGGGUUAUCCUCCUGGUGCCUACUCUCAGGCUCAGUGAGCUUGCAGAAGGAGCCAUAGUGACAUAAAAAAAUGGGAAAACCCUCUCUACUCAUUGGAAUUCUGAGCUCCAAUGAGCAGUGUAAGAGCCCCAGUGCUCAUUCCAAGAAUUACCAUGAGACGGGCUGCCACAAACACUUGUCUGUGCAUGUAACUCCCAGCAGACAUCUAGGUUUUUUUUUUUUUUUUUUCUAUCUCCCAUUGAACAUCGUUUCUUUACAUAGCUCAUCUGAGUUCGCUGUGUAUAGUAGUUUGUUUUACCUGGCUGUUGCAUUGUGGCCGUCCAUGCACAAUCUGUCCUGACUGUGCGACGCAUAUAAGUGACACACACAGGACUAGAAUUCAGCUAAAGAGAGUUCAUGUCCAUUCUUCAGCGUGUGAAGAUGGCAGCUUAGCUAUCGUAGAAUGUAAAAAAAAAAAAUUUGUGCUGAAUGUUGGUGCAUGUAUGACAGUUGUAGCUUUUCCACACAACUUGCAGUCACGCAUCACUUAUUACGUAUGUUGAGAGGUGUGCUUUUGAGCUUAGUGCUCCAACGUAAGUGGACUUUCAUUUUUAUAAUUUUUCAUAUACAAGGACUGUAUUUACCUCACAGUUCGAAAAAGUGGACAUUUUAUUUAGACUCCUGCUGUUUUUUGGUUGGCGUUUACAUUUCUAAAUAGUGGACAUUUUGAGACGAUUGUGACAUUCUUGUGGCCUGAAGUAUGUGGUCACCUCUUAGUGUAUGCAAUUCAUUUACAACAUAUUUGCGACUUUUGUUUUGUUCUUGUAUGAAUAGUGUGAUCGACUACAUUAUGUACACUUGUGCAUGUAAUAUUCUUGUGUAUGGGAGCAUGUAGGAAGGUUUUUAUUGCUUUUAUCUAGGAAUAUUGAAGCAGUGGUGAGCUUAAUAUUGCUCGUACUAUAUUGUGUUGCAUAGUGGUAAGCAAAGUUUUGGCCACCUGUGUUGAUAUGUAGGGGUGUGCGAAUACGGUGCAGUCCACUUAUAACGAUAUCAAGAACAACAAAUCUGGUCGUUAUAACCAAUCAUCGCUAUAUCUGGACUGCCGUUUAAAAAAAAAUGGCUGCUGAACAUAACUUCGUAGCUUUGAAACCAAAUUUGCCACUUACGAUAAAGAAUUGACAGAGAAAGAAGCAUGUCAAACGUUAGGCGCGCUGAAAUAGGCAGAAACCUGCACUUGCUUUCGCAGAAGUUUCAGGUUCACAACUGCGGUGUGCAUCGUGUCCAGAGGCUGCAUGAACAGUGGCAGCUAUAAUUUAGCAUGCAUGAAAUCAGUGAGCGACUCUAUCGACAACAGUGCACUUUGCGUGAACAUUUGGGUCGGUUUCAAAGACGGGCCACCCCCAACCUCGUCGCCUCGUCGGAGAUUCUUCGCAGAUGAGGCAGCGCCACCUAUUUUAUCAGCACCUAUCGAAGCGUCACCUAUUUUAUAGCCAGUUGCGACGCGCUCCCACAGUUUAGCAAUGUCAGCGGCUGCCACCGUGUUGUUUUCACACAUGGGGGUUUCGCCCUAGCGCACAAAGCUCACAGUUUCCGUUCGACACGGUCACUGGUUCUAGCCUUCAUGAUCGUGGCGCUUGCGGUUUUCAUAAUCGUCGAUAUCAUCGACUGCGUGAGUCUUGGAAAAUUUGCAGCUUCGUCCCGAGCGGCACAGCUUUGCACUUGUCGGCACACCGGCCGCUGCUACUGUGGCGCAUUUCCAUGCUCCCUGAGGAAGAGACAGAGUGUAGAAAGGAAGUGCAGGCGUGAUUUGCUUCUCGGUUUUUUUUUCUCCCUCUCUCUGGACGCUCACCGCAACACGGACGUGAAGCAGCUGGCACCAUAUUGUGGCACGCCACGCCAACUUGCGAUGCUCUGAAUCGGCGCGCUCAUAGAGUUUCAUAUUAGUAUACCUAGAGGGAAAUCUGGUGCUGCGAUCAUUCAACCAUCAUGGGAAUAAUGGGAAGUACAGGCUUCGGAUUGGUAUUCUAUUGACUGGCGAACUAGUCUACAAGUAUUUAUUUUUGGCAGUUUUGGUUUUGCUCCUAGCGCAAUUGCUAUAACCUGCAGUGCAACAGUGCAACGCAAAGCUCUCUGCCUUUAUGUUGCUCCAAGUGGUGAUAGCGCACUGGGCCAGCGACUGGGACGAUGUUUGUGUCGCGGUGUGGCAUCGAAGCCCCGACGAGAAAGCGACGGCAUCGUAAACGUUGAAAGAACAUGUUUUGAACAUUUGGACCUUGGUUUAUUAAAUGUGUUAGGUUGGCACUGUAGCGUUACGUGCUUUAUGAAACUUCAGAAUAAGAAAAAGAUGGCACUACUGAUACAAGACAGUUGUACUUCUAGUGGCUUGACAUUCAAAUUUUAUUGAGAGCUUCAUUAUGCAUUGCUCGUUUAUGUGCUCAUUGAAAUGCUUUAGGACUUUAAUAACACAAACUUACUUGUCGUAGGAAAGGUUGCUGCUUCGUGGCUGUAGUCUAGUGUCGCCAAAUGGGUAAGUGCAAAGCUACGGCAUAACGCUUCGUAAGCGGUACGUCAAUAUAAAAUAUGACGGAAUACUCGUAGGAGGCCACUAGCGUCCUAGCUAGCACUGCAGCAGAUGUGCUUAAAAGUACUUGAAGACGUUCAGCAAUCGUGACAGCCGACGCAGCCUUUCGAAAGAGCGAGAGAGUUCGCAAGUGCCUGUCGUCUGCGAGAAAAGUCACGUGCUUGCAGCGAGCAGGCGUCGUAGCACACAACACUUGUAGCAUUCCGCUCAAGGGCGCAACACUUUCUCACAAUACAACAUUUUUAUUUCCAGAAAUGCUUGAUCAGUAUUUUUAUAUAAGUUCAUGCACGGUUGUUAUUGCUGUUGCAAAAGUAAAUAAAUAGUUAUUCCUUGGCAUUAAAUCGGGAACAGAAUCGCACAAGUAUGUAUACCCUGGUGUGUCCUGGUGACAAAACAUAGUAAACCAUGCUUCCAUCUCAAAGUCAUACAAAGUUCAUGUAAUGUGUUGUACGUUAUAUAACAUACUGCAGAAAUAAAAUUAGAUUUUACGCGAUAAUAUUUGAGUACAGCUUCGUUUACUGCGCUGCAAGCAAACGCCACUAGUCUAAAGAUCGAAGUCAAUCCGAAGCCUGUACUUCCCAUCAUUCCCAUGUAGGUUGAGGCAACGCUCAGGAGAGCCGCCGUAGACACUAGCGCCACAUUUCCCUCUAGGGUAUUUAUUUAGAAACUCUAUAGGCGCGCUGCGGGACGCCCUGCACGGUAAUGGUGGCAGAUACAAAUUCGUGUAGGCACUUUUCGCCCCGUCUUGAUUAAGGAAAACUUAGCAAAGCAAAUUUCGCAAUUAUUCUGCAUGGAAAAUGCCACCCAGAAGGCAGAAUUUCGAUCGUUAUAUCUGAUAUGCGGUGAAUAACAUAUCAUUUUUUUUAUUUUCUUUCUCGUAGCCCUAAUGCAUUAAUUGACUCUGAAGUCAACUCAUCGUUAUGACCAAUACAUCAUUAUAUCUGGUAUCGUUAUAAGUGGACUGCUCUGUAGCAAGUUUUGACAGUCGAAGACUGUUCGAAUGAGCAGCCAUUUGAAUAUUCGAUUUAAAACUGUGUUCACAUCCUAGGAUUUUUUCAUGUUAGCAAGUUUGUAAUUAAACUGCACUUAAUGAACUAUUGCUUAUUUUAAAAAGCACAAGUGUAGCAUUAGGAGCAAUUAAACAGUGCUUUCACAUACACAGGACUCUUCGAAGAGUGUUAAUAAUCGCUGUAAGGCUGGUCAAGUCUGCCACCCUAAGUGAUGUAACCUGCUUCACUAUGUAAGUUCUCAAGUUUUAUGCCUAUACUAUUGUAAGAAGCUGCAUGGAGAUUGUAUGAACUGUUCCUCCAUAUUAUUAAACUCCCUCCUCCUCUUUGACCCCCCCGGGCUGGUCUUCGCUCGUUGUUGUCUCGAUGCUUUACAACUAUCUACAUGGGAAUUAAAAUUGUCAUACUUUUGCUCCAAUUUUGUUCGAUUGCGCACAGUUGAAUUAUUAAAACAUUUUAAAACAAUUUGCAAAAUAUUCCUAUUUAGAAAUUAUUCUACUUGUUAUUCAAAAGCUUUGAAUAUUCGCACACCCCUAUUCAUAUGUCAUGAUGGUGAGCUUAUGAGACACUAGAUCUUUAGUAGUAGGACUUUUUUGCAUAUCCUUGGGCCUUUAUCCGGUUCCUAUGUUAUGAUGGUGCUUGUCAGAUCUCUGCCAUGGUAGGAAGUUUGUUAGUAUGAUACAAUACUCGCACAGUUAUAUGAGUCGUAAAGCCUUUGUGACAUUUCCAUUCAUGCAGUUAUUCAGUGCUGUUGUUCAUUCUCCAUUGCUUGUUGUUUUAAUUUCUCAAAAGAAUCCAUCGAAAUAUGCUGCAGCAGUAAGGUAGUGCAUUUUGACUGCUGUGGGGAACUGUGUGCCUGUUUCAAUCCCCCAACCUCGGGAAAGCAUAAAGUAUUUAGCAAGUCUUUUUUUCUUGCAUUUGCUAAAUGGAAACUGCUUGCCACGAGAUCUGCCUAAAGGUGGUAGUACCGUUGCCACACUAGUGUGGAUGGGUAGUUGAUGGCAUGCAUUUUAACCCUUUCGCUGUCGGACCUUUCUGGCCGUGACGCACCCCCAGUGUCGGCUAGGUUUCAGGGAACGAGCAUAACAGGGAAUGAACAUAGCAAUUCAUUUUUGAGUAUGAUUGGUAUACAAAUAACAUAGUCAAUGCAAUAUGCACAUUUCAGUGUUCUGCAGCUGUUGUUAGUAAACAUCAUCAUCAUCAUCAGCCUGACUAUAAAAUCCGUUCAACAUAUGAAUCUGACAGUGCGGAACCCUCUUCCUCGCAUGCGACUCUGUCCGAGUCCAAAUCCGAGCUCGGCUAGUAUUCUGAAUCGGAAUUGAGCCACCGCUCCAAUGAGCAGACGAAGCUCCCGCGCGCUCAGCCAUCCGAAAGUAACCGCGUGCAGGGAGGAUGCGCUUUCAGUCGCCCGCACAACGGAGAGAAAUGGGACGUUGCGUGAUCAAGAAGACAGAGGGAGGUGGAAAAAGGCUAAACAAAGUUCGAAGGGCUUUACGUUUACUGCUGCAAGUCGGAAGCGAGGGUACGGCGAGAGAGUGAAAGCAGCAAUCGAGUCACUCUUUUCGGAGAGGCAAUGGCACGUGCGCCUGAACUUGACGUGCCGUAGCAGACACGCCAACAGAAGAAAAAUAAAAACCUUCAAACCAGCAGAGAUGGCAGAACAACCCUUGAUCCUAUAACCACACGCGCGCGACGCAUGAUCCAGCGAACGCGGAGCCACCGCGCCACUCAUCAAAGAGAAGGUGGGGAGUGGCAGUCGCACCGUACUCUUCAAUAGAUGGAUUAACACAGAUCGGGGCGAAUAUACGAACUUGUAGAAAGAGUCAACAGAUGGCGUGGCUAAUCCAGGAGCGCCAGCUUUGCGCUCAGGCGCGAAAUUUUGAACGCACGAUAGAGAACGUACCGGUACGUCUGUGACAGCGAAAGGGUUAAUGUACACUAACCUACUUUGCUGUUGUGUUUAAAUGUGCUGACUGCAAUGAAGUGCUAACAUACUGUCCACCAACGUCACGUUUCUGCACAAAAUCUUAUUAUACGUGAAAGUAGUGUGACCUGUCGGGCAACAGGGCACCCGCACUCAAUCCCACAGUCUUUAUUUUGGCACUUCCUUGGUGCUUCUUGUGUAUGCUCAGCUUGUGUUCCGCCUAAUCAUGUUGCUUAACCAAACUAACGCCGCAUUUUCUGUUAAUCUUGCAUUAGUAUACAUGACUUUGUAUUACUGCACAACAAUGUUAAAGGGACACCAAAGAGAAAUAUAUCAGUGUAGACUGACGAAGUAUUCUUCCAGAACUCUAUUUUUAUGUUAAUUUUGGGGUAAUAAGUUGAUUAUUAGAAGAGAAAAUUCAUGCAUAAGUUUCGUUUUCUGAAUUCAGCACGGAAAUUAAAGUGCCAGUGUGUCACGGACGUCACAGAUUUAAAGGUGUUACAUUUGAGCCGUUGUGGCACAGUAAAGGUUCUUGAAACUUGCCAACUUCAGUCUUUAGCUUCUUUAGAAUACGAUCUAGUCAAUCUUUACUGAUAAAAAAAUUCGCUAAGCCCAAGUAGAUGCCAUCAAGAUCCAUGAAGUCAUGGCAAGCUGGUGUGGGAACUUCAAGUUGGUAUCACCACCUGUCUUUCGUUUUGGUAUUGUAGAAGGAAAACUUAGUAAUGCUACUCAAAUUUUUUCUCUUUUGUGUCCCAUUAAAUAGUUAACUUGGGCUCUACUUCACUGCUUACACACAUGCAUCCACUUUUUUUUUUUUUUUUUUUUCAUUUUUCUGUGAAAUGCGAACUACAAUUGUCAAGUUCAGUUAACCCUUUCAUGGACACAUGAAGGAAACAUCAAUUUGUCAUCUAAGCAUUACGAGGAUGUUGUUCAUGAAAAUUCAAAUCCAAAAAGUGGCAAGCAUUUUGUAUGGGCGGAAUAAAUGGGGUUUGCGAGUCCCACUAGCCACCUAGGUCAUUUUCAUCAAGGAGGGCAUUGCAUGGCCUCGUUUCCUGCUACCUCCUCGUGGCUGCAUGUAAAAUGAUCAGAAGCAGCUUGUGUUCACUGGUUCACUAUAAUAGCAGUGUGUAUGUUUUGCAUGUUUUCAUUGUUUAUUGAGCACCCUUUGUGCGAGCAUCCUGUUUGAGCUGCCCAAUAUCGCAGCAGUUCUUGGAAAACAGAUGCUUUUUUGGAAAGCAUCAAAGGCCAUGUAUUUCUCUAUAAAGCUGUGAUGUGUGCAUGAGUCUAAUAAAUGGAUAAUCUAUAUUGGUAAUGGGCACGGAAAAUUGAUGCACCUAACCUGAGCAGGUCCAACGAGUUGGGCUCUAUGUAUAGCGUAGCUUUGUCUGAAUGCGUAAAGAGUCGAAACACAAGUUGGUGUUUAUUAAAUGUGUUCACAAAGUGACAUGGAAGGCUUUAUUCGGGCAUUUUAGAGAGGCUAAUGCAAUGCCGUCGCCACUGCCACAAAUGCGCGAAGGCUAGCUUUCUGAUUACCCCCCCCCAUCACGGUCAGCGCCGCAGAUGCGAGUGCCAUCUGGUGGUGGUGCAAAGAAACCAGCAGUGAUUGUUUCCCACUUUGUUUGGUUGGCCUAUUUGGUUAGAGAACAGCCAGGCCACAGCACCCACGGUCAUGAAACCAGGCAAGGUUCGCAAAAAAGCUUCAUUUUAAAACAUGUUUAAGUAUUUUCUACGAACGAAUUGCAGUAAAAUGGGCUAAGUACUCCUCUUCUGUUUUUGCUCGAGCGCAAGGAAAAAAAUUUUCUCAAGUCUUCAUUUAACGUCACUUGAAGAAAGGCGAGCGAAAUAACGGCAUGAAAAAGGGAGGUAAAUAGCCGUUCAACCAUUUUGCCUUUAUGUAUAUAAAAUUAAACUGAAAAUGUCCUGACAAGGUCUUAAGAGAUAGACGUACAGGAAAGUUCAGUUUUAGUUAUUUUAUUUCCCAAUAUGGCACAGAGAAGUUUCCAUGAGAAGUGGGAGGGAUAGGUCUCGCUGUCCAUUAGAGAAAUAAACAUGUUAGGUCACUGCGCUCCAGUGAGCUAACAGGAUUGCCAUGUUGCUUCGCACAGUUAUAUUUAUUUUGCAUUAACAGUUAAAAACUUCACUUUUAAGGAAAUACAGCUGUCCUUGAGUGCACAUAAUGGUGUUGAAAAGGCUAUCUUAAGGACCAUAAUGAGUAGGUUGCCUGAGUUUAUGAAACUGACGAUGCCCACUAACAUCCAUCAAUCUAAUAAUGCUGCACUCAACAAGAAAAGGAAAUUAAUAAUUACAGGCAACCCAGUGCUGCAUGCUACAUGGGCUGCUCUGUCACACAAAUUGUUCGUGCAGUUGUAUUUUUAGACUCCCCUUCGCCCCCCGCCCCCCCCCUUUUUUUGUCUAUUCCAGGUAUAGUGCUGAAAACUUUUACAUAUAUGUAAAUGAGGUCUUGUGAAUAUUAGGUCCAUUUUUGUUUCUAUAAUUUUCUUCUAAUUUUAUGCAAGCUUCCAUUAAUUCAUUUUCUGCAGAUUUGCAAAAUAUCACUUCCUCAAGAUUUCACCAAACAGGGUAUCAGUGGCUUCUGUAUGAUUCAAGGAAUGCUAAAAGACCAACCUUAUUGCUGUGCCUACCCUAGAACAAGAGUUGCAAAACUUUGAAGUUGAAACUCAAGGGUCGGUUCUUCUGGAGCUUAACUUGGAAGUCUUGCAAUCCUUAAAUCAUACAGAAGCCAUUGAUACCCUGUUUAGCUAAAGCUGAGGAACUGAUAUUUUGCAUCUUUGCAGAAAAUAAUUAACAGCAGCUUGUGUAAAGUUACAACAACAGGAGAUAAUCAGAAAUAGACCUCAUAUUUGAAUUAAGCACAUACCAUUACAUAUAUUCAAAGUUUUUAGCGUCGUACCUCGAAGACUAAAGAUAUUUCAGAACUUUUUCUCUAAGGCCCAGCUCUCCCCUUAAGGUUUUUUUAUGGCAGAGAGAGAUAAUACAGAGGUGCCACAAGUUAUUUACAAGACAAAUUUAACUUUUCAUAAUGACAACAAAAUUGUUUUUCUCGAAUUUGACCAAGGAAUGCUUCACGCACACCUUAAGGCUGGUCAUGUAAAAAAUAACCUGUAGUUGUGCAAUUAUAUGCAUAAAAUCGGACAUGUUAGGUAACAAGGUAUGAGUGCUUAAGCUUUUAUUUCUCAUGAGUGAUCUUCAUGCCACCUGAUUCAUGUUUUGUGGAAUAACAAAGGUUGGAGAAUAUUGAACAUGUCACAAAGAGAGUCUCGUUUCCUGCAGUAACCAUUUCAUUAAUCAAGCACCUUCUAUGGUGUGCUUAAAACACAAAGCAGCAGUGGAAUUGAAUUGGUUGCGGUCAGCGGAGUGAGAUCGCGCAGCACACUCAUCACAUGCCGUAAGUUAUCGCAGUGCAAGGCCCAAUGCUUCUGUUCAUCAUCAAAAAAUGCACAAUUGUGCAAUAUUUGCUACAAAAAAAAGAGUUCUAGAUGAUAUGCACACCAUAACUCGUAUGUAUGCACCAGGCACAAGCAGAUGACAUGAGGAGGUAGCCAAACUAGGCUUCGUUCUGCCAGUCAGCGGCACCACUAGUUUUCGCAGCAAAUAUUCAGAAUCGCAUCCGUUGUUUUAGGUUUACAGUGAGAAAGUAGAAAAAAAAGUAAAAAGGAGCUUUUAUUAUUGUUUCUAUACUUGCAAGUUUUGUGGAAAACGGGCCAGCUGUAUCAGCUGUUCAAAGUAGCUGUCCUUUGCUCACUUCAAUGUUCCCAUUGUUAGGAUGUUUUAGACGUAGAAGUCUACGUCUUUUUUGGAGUAAUACUACAUCAGGGACUUCUUACUUAAUACCUAAUGCUGGGUUGUGCUUGCAAGUGUGAUUCAAGUGCAGUGCAACUUCAUCUAGGUUGGCGGAGCAAAUGCUGUGAGAGUAUCCCCUCAUCCUGCACCCUUCUUCCCUUCUGUCUCUUGCCAGGAAUGAAAUGAAGUGUUUAUUACAUGCAUAACGUAUGAAACCCGGUCGCACACAUCCCUCAGUUGUCUCAUUUAGGAAUGUCUAUUGUUGCGGUUUAGUUUAUUAGAUAUUGUAGUUGUGCAACUACAUGAUGUAAAUAUUAUAUACUGACCAUAAUUCUGUGACUGGUGUUGUGCUUAGCUAGUACUUCGUAAUUGUGAGGCUUGCGUUGAUGUUUUUAUCGCUGUCCUUUGUUGUAGGAUAGUGUAUUGUGCCGCUGUUCACUAGUAUUAGGUCUGUGUAGUGGAAAUGCUCCAUAUUUUCUUUCAUAAACAGGAUGCAAAGCAAUAAAUAAAUUUUUUUUUUCCUUUUUGUAAAUUUAAAGUACUUCUUUUUGGAAGGUCAAAUAGGGCUCGUUAGUUACCUGUAUUUUGCUAGGGACCUUUUUGGCCAUGUAUAUUUGUUAGCCAAGAUAUUGGGGGGGCACAUUUUUGUUUUUCUUUUCUGUUAUUAAUAUUGUGCUCAAUUGUAAACUGUACAAGGUGCAUUUUGUUUAUUAAUAAACCCUGCAUUUGAAAAAACC